AUUAAAAUAGACACAUUAUAUGUAGGCGUGUAUAUGUAUAUAACUGAUUCAACUUCGGUGAACGGGCACAUUGGUUUUAUUCGGAGCCCACAAGGACAAUGCUUCUGUUUGUUUUGAUUUUGGCUGUUUGCGGCAUCUCGGUUAAAGGAGAAUGCCAGGGAAAUAUUGAGCAGCGAAUCUUGACUUGCAGUCAGAUAAUUAGAAGACCUGUGCAGUUGUCCGACAUUGGUAACCUUGACACCGAGGAAAAGAAGAGAGUCUGCACAAAUGUUCGCGAAGGAAUGACAUGCGCACUGGACAUAAUUAACGAGUGCGCAGACUCCCCGCAGUUAGCAAGCACGGGGACGCCAGUGGAAACUAUGAGGGCCAGUCUAAAUAGCGGUCUGCAAGAUCUCUCGAAAGUCUGUUCGCCUGGCGUGUCGAGUACAGACGCCGACUGUCCAAGAGGAGAACAGAUAUCGAGGAGCAUAACCGAAUGUUUUAAUAUUAUAAGCAGUGGCCCCAAUGAGCCAUUGUGCAGUAAAGUCUGGAGAGCGUUGGAUUGUAUUGAUCAACUCGUAAGUCAGUGUCAACACCUCCCAGACUGGCAGGCUGUACUCAACAGUGGGGCACUGGAUGCUGCCAGCCAACAGAUGCAACAAACAUGUGGACAGAGACCUACGAAUGACGGGCAGGGCAACUCAAACAACGUUGACACCGUAGACCGAACGUGCACGACCAACCUGAUGAACGAAAUAGCAACAUGCAGUGCAGGCUUCAAGGCUUUUGGCGAGGCAGCUGCAAGUGAACGUCGAAGCAAAUGCGGAGAGGUUCGCGAGUCGGUCAGCUGCAUUGAAAGCCUGGCAGUCCGGUGUCCACAGAGCUCUGUUGUCCAGAGUGCGUUAUCGUCCACGCAGAGCCUUGUUGGCAACCUUGAAGCCUUCUGUGGUCCACAGUGACAUUGAGGGACAGACGUAAUACAACAUGCCUUAUGGUUUUCGAUGCAAUUUCAACCACCUCCCCCCAAAAACCAAAUGGACCCACCUACCACGAUGAGAUUCAUACAGACGCAUUGAUGGAUAUGAAUCAAAUCUUCCACUGGUGUAGUAAUUCUGCUGUAAAAUCUACGAUAAAAACCAGUUAAAAUUUGGCUUUGUGAUUAAAAAAGAAGAAUUCUUCAA